AGGAGUGACCAGAAUAAAAACAGGAACACCAGACAUAGAAGAGACAAAUAUGCAAUGAUCCAUCGAACCAAAGGCUUUGCCCUUUUCAAUUACGUAGUGUCCUGUAUCUGUUUUUAUUUUUUAUUUUUUUGAAGUGGUAAUUAUCUCUUGGAGAAUAAAACCUGCUGAAAUGGGGAGGGUCUGCGCACUUUGGGGCGAGAUGGCUAGCAGGAGGGUUGCGUUGCUUCUUCUCGGAUUCUUUCUCACCACACAGCCGAGUCCUUCACUUCAGGGAGGAGUGUAUCUGCCACAGGGGGCUGUCGGAGGAGGACCAGGAGGUGCUGGAGUGUACCCAGGUGCUGGGACAUACUCAUUCAAACCGGCCAAAGCUGCAGUAGGGGGGUAUGGAGGAACUGCUGGGACUCUCGGCACUGGUGCUCAGACAGGGCCUGGAGGUUUUGGAGCUGGUGGCUAUGGGGCUUAUGGUGCUUAUGGUGGUAAUGGGAGAUUCUACCCAGGAACUGGGGGCGUGAAGGCAGCUAAGUCAGGUAUUGGGCUACCAGGUGGAGUUUUGCCUGGGAGAGUUUUACCUGGAGGAAUUCUACCAGGAGGUGCUGUUGGAAAGCCACCUAAAGGAGGACCAGGUACAGGCGGAACUGCUGCUGGUCUUCCAGGACAAGUCAUUCCUCAGACCGGUGUGCAGGGUGGAGUUGGACCAGGUGGAAAACCAGCAAAGGCUGGAAAAGCCCCAGUGCCGGGUGUGGGAGUGCCUGGACCAUAUCAGGGAGGUCUUGUUCCUGGACACGGUUUUAAUGGGCGGGGAGUUCUUCCUGGUGUAGCCACAGGAACCGGACUCAAACCAAAAUCCGCUGCUGGUGGAGGGCAGGGUCCGGUACCAGGUGCUGGAGGCCGUGGAUAUGGGGGACCACUGCAGCAAGGAUUAUUUCAUGGAUACCCUCUCAAAUCUCCCAAAGCCACAGGUUAUGGUGGCUUUGGUGGAGGUGCUGGUCUUCCUGGGGGAAAAGCUGGAUCCAAGCCAGGGUAUCCUACAGGAACUGGUGUGGGGUCUCUAGGCGUCUCUGCUGCACAGGCUAAAGCUGCUAAAUAUGGUACUGGAGCUGGUUUAGGUGGGACUGGAGCGUUGCCAGGUGGUCCUGGUGGACUUUAUCCUGGUGCCGGAGGUGUCCUCACACCGGCUCAAGCCAAGGCAGCUAAAUAUGGUGCUGGUCCUGGUGUUCCUGGAAUUGGUGGUGUACCAGGCACAGGUGGACUCUAUCCUGGAGCAGGUCCUGGGGCACUCUCCCCUGCUCAAGCCAAAGCCGCUAAAUAUGGUGCUGGAGCUGGGAUUGUGCCUGGUGUAGUAUACCCUGGAACAGGAGGUACUGGAGCUGGUUUAGGUGGGACUGGAGCUUUGCCAGGGGGUCCUGGAGGACUUUAUCCUGGUGCAGGAGGUGUCCUCACACCGGCUCAAGCCAAGGCAGCUAAAUAUGGUGCUGGUCCUGGUGUUCCUGGAAUCGGUGGUGUACCAGGCACAGGUGGACUCUUUCCUGGAGCAGGUCCAGGGGCACUCUCCCCUGCUCAAGCCAAAGCUGCUAAAUAUGGUGCUGGAGCUGGGAUUGUGCCUGGUACUGCUGUUGUGCAAGGAGCUGGAGGCAUCUACCCUGGAGUAUUCUACCCUGGAACAGGAGGUGUGGCAGCAGGGGGCAAUGUAAUCCCAGGCUACGGAUCAGUCAUAGGGAGACUUCCGGGAACUAGUGGACUAGGAGCUGGAGCAAAACCACCUAAAUAUGGAGUGCCUGGAGGAGCAGGAGUUCCAGGAGGAGUACCAGGUGCGGUUCCUGGAGGAGUGCCCAGAACUGGAGGAGGAUAUGGAACUGGGGUAAAACCAUAUAAAUAUGGGUACCAAGCCGGAGUUAAACCUCUUAAAUAUGGAGGGGCAGGGACAGUGCCUGGAGCAGGGACGGUACCUGGAGCUGGAGGAGUGCCAAUGCUUGGAUCUGGGACAGGUUUGGUACCAGGAGCAGGGGUUGGAGGAUAUCCUGGUGGAAUCAAACCUCCUAAAACGGGUGUUGGGAUCACUGGAACUGGUGCAGCAGUUCCAGGUGCAACACCUGGGGGUACUGGUGUGGUGGUGGUGGUACCGGGUGGGACAGGGGUGGGUGUUUCUGGUGCCACUGGGGGGCCUGCGGCACCAAGUGGGAAACCAGCAAAGUUCCCAACCCUGGCUCCUGAGGGGACCGCUGUACCAGGUGUGUCGGGACUUUCUCAAGGUGGAGUACAAAGAGUCCCCGGUGCUGGGGUGCCUAAACCUGGAGCUGGUCGUGGAGGGGUUUACCCCUAUCCCUAUGGCCCAUAUUAUGGUGGUGCCGGACCAUCUGGCAUUGGUACCGGUAUGUUACCUGGAGCCAAGCCACUGAAAGCCCCCGGUGUUGGAGGUGCAGGUGUGGGUGGUGUUGGUGGAGCAGGGGCUAUUCCUGGACUUACACCCGGAGCAGGUGCAAGAUUUCCAGCUGGUGUUGGGUUGGGAACUGGUGGUGUCAGAACUGGUGCUAAACCACCCAAACCAGGCUAUGGCUCUUUGGGCACAGGAUACACUCGGCCAGGUAGUGUAUAUCUAGGGGCAUAUGGUGGAUACCCACAAGCAUAUCCAGGGGGAUAUGGUGCAGGUCCGACACAACAACAAGCCAAAGCAGCCAAGUAUGGAGGUGGAUUGUAUGGAUUCCUUGGAGGUGGUUAUCAAGGUGGAGCGGGUUGCCAAGGAAAAUACUGUGGCCGGAGGCGGAAAUAAGCAAUCUCUUGAGACGUGAAUGACCUCAAGAAACAUGGUGCUACUGCAUGCUCUAGAAUGUACUUUACUCAAACAACCAAUCCCGUCAUGACAAAAUAUUACGUUUUGUACUGAUAGUAAAUAUUAUUUUCUCUACGCUAGUACAGCUUCUAGUGUUUUCUUACAAUAUUUCCAGCCCUGAUUGUUUAUGGCACAUUCCAUGUUACUCUUUCAUAUUUUAUGGUUGCAAACCUUUCUAUACCUGUAAACAUUUUUGAGCACCGACCUCUUAUUUACUGACGUUUCGGAGACCACCCAAAACUCUUGUGUUCAGUCGCAUUGAUACUAUAGCACUCUUUCAUAGAAAUGGCAUCUCUAGACAUCAUUUUUCUUGAUUUUGCUGUUACUUUUUCAACACGGUCAAGGUACACAUUUAGAGUUGAGUGUCCUGUCGUACUGCUGAUAUCCCAUCUUGCCUCGUUAAAGCUAAGUCAGCGAGACAGCAUACUGUAUAAUUUCCAAGUCACAUUUUAGUCUCAAUUAAGAAAGAAAAUAUAGCCUGUAAGGAUAUGCAGAUAUUGCAUUGUGACAUUAUUCCCUGACAAUCAACAAUUAAAUGUGAUGUAGCUGGAUUUUUUGGGGGGGAAUUGUAAUCCUCAAUUGUUUUAACUACAGUACUACAAAAUGUUGUACUUUUUGUGUAAAGCUAAAAUCUUAGUAUUUCCUAAAAUAGGCUUCUUGUGAAUAAAAAAUACAUAUAGGCCUAUGGAAUAGUUUCUACAUGCAAUAUUUGUUCCUUAAAUUGGGGUGAAAUAUAAAUCAGACAUGUUGUCAGUUGUGAGUGUCCCACUGAAUUGAUGGCUUUCAUGACACAACUUUUGUUGCAGAUUUGUUACUGAAAAAUUGUAUAUCUAAUUCUUAUGAUUUGUGAUAUGGGAGCAAAGUUUUUUUAUUAAGUAGAUCAUGAUAUGCAUAUUGAAGGCAUGUAAUUGCAUAUUAUUUAUUUUAUUCUAAGGGGUAUUUUGGACAGUGACUAUGGACAGCAACAGCUUGAUCGUAACAUUCAUUUCUGCCUGUUGUGUUUAGUAAGAAGAGCUAAAUUGUGUCUAGAUUGUGAUAAAUAACAAGCACAAGUGAACAGUAACUUCAGUGUGAUUUACUAUCAUAUCAACAAAGGAAAACUUUUAGUUUAUGUAUCGAUUUUGAUCUCUGUCAUGAGAGGGAAAGGACACAAAAUCUGUAAAAUAGUACUCAUAGAUCUGACGUGUACAUUAUGUAUGUUUGACAUAAAACUAAACACGUUGUUCCCCAGGGUGGGGUAGUAGGCGCUACCAUCAUUUUACCAAGAAUGUGUUUUGUUAAUCAUUGUAUAUUCACAUAGAAUUGCCAUAAACACAUAUAUCAUGUACACGUUGAAUCAUUUAACAACAAAUUAAUUUGCCAUACAUUGUUUAUUUUGCACCUAUUGAAUUUUGAUCAAUUAUCAAGUUUGUACACAUCAUAUGACAAUAACUUUUUUUGUUCGCUUUAAAUAGUUACAUUUAUUUUAGUCACUUUAGAACUUGCAAAACGGUAUAAGAUUUGUUUUAAUCAGAUGUGGGCUGUGUGUGUGUAGGUUAUGUGUGAAAUACCCAGUGUUUCAAAUCAUGUGUUCUUUUCCAUAAAAAGCCUCACUAACCAAUGUAUUACAAUAUAUAAAAUGUCUUAUUUCACCA